UGAAGAAUUAUACAACAAACUAUCAACAUGAUGAUGGAUUACUUUGUUACAAACAAUUCUUUAGCACCUGCACCUAUGGGUAUUCAAAGUACAGCUGGUGCAGUACCUGUAAAAAAUGAUAAAGGUGAACUUUCCAUGAAAAAAGUAAAAGUACAUCGUUACGUCUCUGGAAAACGUCCUGAUUAUGCACCAGCAGCUAGCUCAGAAGAGGAGUCUGAGGAAGAAGAUUUUUUAGAAAAACGGGUACACAAAAAUUAUGAGGAAAAUGAAAUUUCUACAGAUACUCCUGCACAAUCACAAGUUAAAAUACAUGAUGAAGAUGAUCCACGUAUUAGAAGAUUAACCCGUUUAGAAAAACAAAAAGAAUCUAAUACAGAAAUUCGUGCAGAAAGACACAGGCAUAUACACGAACCAGAAUUAAUUGAAGUUGAACCAGAAAGAACUCGAGAAAGGAUUAAACUAGAAAGUUCAGAUUCUUCAGAAGAUGAAGAACUGUCAGACUCUGAAAUAGAAAGAAGACGAGAAGCAUUAAAACAGCGAGUUUUAUCUAAAAAGGGAAAUGAAGAAGAAUUAAUUCAUGGAGAAGAAGAUGAAAGGUCAGGUGAUACUUCAGAAGAAAGUUCAGAAUAUGAAGAAUAUACAGAUUCAGAAGAAGAAACUGGACCAAGAUUGAAACCAGUUUUUGUACGUAAAAAAGAUAGAAUUACAGUAAUGGAAAAAGAGAAGGAAGCAAUGAAACAAAAGCAGGCAGAAGUGGAAGCCAAGAAAAUGGCAGAAGAACGGAAACGGCAAACUUUACGGAUGGUAGAAGAAGCAAUAAGAAAAGAAGCACAAGUUGGUAAAAAUACUAGUGAACAUGAAGGAAAACUUGAAGAUGUUUGUACAGAUGAUGAAAAUGAUGAAAUUGAGUACGAAGCUUGGAAAUUGCGAGAAUUAAAAAGAAUUAAACGUGACCGUGAAGAAAGAGAACAGCUUGAAAAAGAACGACUGGAAGUUGAACGUAUACGUAAUAUGACAGAAGAAGAACGAAGACAAGAAGCGCGAUUAAAUCCAAAAGUUAUUACAAACAAAGCAGCCAAAGGAAAGUAUAAGUUUUUACAAAAAUAUUAUCACCGUGGUGCUUUCUAUUUGGAUAAAGAAGAUAAUAUAUUUAAACGAGAUUUUUCUGGUGCAACUUUGGAAGAUCACUUUGAUAAAACUAUUUUACCAAAAGUUAUGCAAGUGAAAAACUUUGGACGUAGUGGUAGGACUAAAUAUACUCACUUAGUUGAUCAAGAUACUACUCAGUUUGAUUCACCUUGGAUCUCAGAAACAGCUCAAAAUUUGAAAUUCCAUAACAAUCAAGCCGCGGGAAUGAAGCAAAUAUUUGAACGGCCAUCGUUAAAAAAGCGAAAAAGUGAAAACUAA